GACCUCGGUCACUCUCCGCCGCCCGUUUUCAGCUGGGCUCCAGCCGGAGGCUUGGGAGAAGCUCCCCUUUUCUGUCCUCCCCGGCGCGUGCUGCUGGGGUCCCGGCUGGCCGCAGCCAACAGCCGAGAGACAAGGCGAGGACCCAACAAGGGUCCCUCCGGCGGAGGAGGAAGAGGAGGAGGAGGAGGGAACCUCGGCAGAACCAACAGCGCCCAGACUUCUUCUGGCUGGUCCAAGGCAACGCAGCCAACCGCCAGCCUAGCGGCGCCCCUCCGUUGCCGACCGGCCGCGGAAGGGCCACCCGGCCACCAACCCGGUGGCCGCGCUCCCCAACUUGACGCUCGCCCGCGCAAGGCGGCGAGGAGUCGGGGGCGCUUCCAGGCACGGCCCGUCUGCCCGCGAAAGGCGCCGCCCAACGCGUGUGGGAUUCCCAGGUCGUUUCGAAUCUCCAACUCUUCCAGGUCCGGCAGUCGAGGAGGAGCCGGAGUGAGCCGUGCUCAGCAGGCUCGGCGAGCGGCAGGAUGAGCCCGAGGGAGCUGGGAGAAGGCGCUCUGGUUAACCUCAGCGCGCGCCCCGGGGGCCUGAGGGACGAGCCCCCGGCCGGGGUGCCGCCGGUGCAAGGCCUCCUGGUGCUGCUGCUCGUCUCGCUGCUGGUGGCCGUCCUCGUGGCCAAGCUCUGGGUCAGGGAAGGGCGGCGUCGACGACAGAGGCGGCCGGAGCCGCCGGGCCCUUUCCCGUGGCCCGUGCUGGGCAACGCGGCUCAGCUGGGCAGCGCCCCUCACCUGGCCUUCGGGCGCCUGGCGGCCACCUACGGCGACGUCUUCCAGCUGCGGCUGGGCGGCUGGCCGGUGGUGGUGCUGAGCGGAGAGCGCGCCAUCCGCGAGGCCCUCAUCCGCCAGGGCGCCGCCUUCGCGGGGAGGCCGCCUUUCCCUUCCUUCCAGCUGGUCUCCGGCGGGCGCAGCUUGGCCUUCGGAGGCUACUCGGAGCUGUGGAAGCUGCAGCGGCGCCUGGCCGUGGCCAACGUCAUGAGCGCCCUGUGCUUCGGCCGCCGCUACAGCCACGCCGACGCCGAGUUUCGGCGCCUGCUGGGCCGCAACGAGCAGUUCGGGCGCACGGUGGGCGCGGGCAGCCUGGUGGACGUGCUGCCCUGGCUGCAGCGCUUCCCCAACCCCGUGCGCUCCGCCUUCCGCGCCUUCCGCGCCCUCAACCACGACUUCUACAGCUUCGUGCGCCAAAAGUUCGUGUGGCACCAGAGCAGCCUCCGCCCGGGCGAGCCGCUCCGCGACCUCAUGGACGCCUUCAUUCUCCUCCAGCAGGCCCAGCCCGGGUUGCCGGUGGAGCACGUGCCGGCCACCGUCACCGACAUCUUCGGCGCCAGCCAAGACACCCUCUCGACCGCCUUGCAGUGGCUCUUGAUCUUCCUGAUCAGGUACCCCGAGGUGCAGACUAAGCUGCAAGAAGAAAUAGAUAAAGUAGUUGGCAGAGACCGCUUGCCUUGUGCUGAGGACCAGCCCCACUUGCCUUACGUCAUGGCGUUCCUUUAUGAAUCCAUGCGCUUCAGCAGCUUUGUGCCUGUUACUAUUCCACACUGCACCACAGUCGAUACCACCUUAAUGGGCUAUCACAUCCCCAAAGAUACAGUGAUCUUCGUCAAUCAGUGGUCGGUUAAUCAUGAUCCGGUUAAAUGGCCAGCCCCAGAGGAUUUUAAUCCUGCAAGAUUCUUGGAUGAGAAUGGAUUCCUUAACAAAGACCUCACUAGCAGUGUGAUGAUUUUUUCAGUGGGCAAACGUAGGUGCAUUGGAGAAGAAUUAUCCAAAGUGCAGCUCUUUCUCUUUAUUGCUAUCUUGGUGCACCAGUGCAACUUCACUGCUAAUCCAAAAGAAGAUUCAAAACUGGAUUUCACUUAUGGCUUGACUAUUAAACCAAAGCCAUUUACACUUUGUGUCACACUUCGAGAUAGCAUGGAUUUGCUGGAUAAUGCAGUCCAGAGACUUCAGGCAGAAAAAGACUCUGAAAAUUGCUUGCCAAAUAUGUAAGCUCUGAAGUUUGUUUGUAACACUUUAUAAGGCUCUUGUUCUAUCUUUCUUUUAAUAUGUAAGUGAAACCUAUGGAAAUGUAAUGUGUUCUGGAUAGCUACUAGCAUGACAUGAAGUAAAACAAUGUUUGCUUUUUAAAAAUCUA